UCGUUGACAGAUGGAGGUCGGAGACACACACGUUCGACCUCCCGUGUGGGGAGAUGACUCCUACGCUGCAGGACGUGGCCUACCUCCUCGGCCUCCCUAUCUUCGGGGAGGCUGCAGGUCCACGUGUGGUGGUGGCCUCGUGGAAGGAUGACCUGGAGGCCCGUAUUGCCCUAGUUGACCGCGUGGAAGAUGCAGGUCCGAUCAACCCGCACCCGCGAGCAGCAGGUCCUUCGAAGACCUGGUUCCUACAGUUUACACCUACCCUGUUGCCUGCGGAUGCCAACGAGUACAGUGUGACCAGAUCGCUGGAGGCGUACCUGCUUUGGUUGUUUAGUUACAUCAUAUUCAAUAACACUCAUGGCAACUCGGUCGAUAGGAUUCUCCUUCCGUAUGCACGGGAGAUUGUAGAUGGGGACGAGGACGUACCGCCCUACAGCUGGGGUGAGGCGGUACUUGCAGCCACUUACCGUGGACUCUGCGAUAGCUGCAGGAAGACACAUGGGAACACUAGGCUGGCGGGGUUCAUGUAA